AUGCAUUUCAAGAAACAUAAGAAUAAUAGUAAAAAACCUUCAAUUUCUUAUACAGCUAGUGUUAGAAAGAAGAAAAGAGAUGAGCAGAUAAAUAAAAAGUUUUUAAUUUAUGAAUUUAGUGAGCAUUUUGAGUACUGGAAACAAAAUAUCAAAGAUAUGUCUGAUAAUGAGUCUUCAAAUUAUAAAGACACUUUUAUAUAA